UCGUGUCACUGUAAACAAACCCACACUCAAGCAGAGACGUACGGGCAAGCUUCCCUGAAAUGGCCGUUUGGAUUUAUUUGCAGGCGAAAAGCAUUCAGUGACAGCCCCUGAAACAUGGAUCAGAUUGCAAUCGCCGUUACUGAUACUCAUACAGGAGGAGGAGGAGAGAGUAGCUGCGGAACGGCGUACUUGCCGGAAGAAUGCAUCGCCAGCAUCCUCUCCUUCACUACUCCUAGGGAUGCUUGCAGGUCUUCGUUGGUCUCAACCAUGUUCAAAUCGGCCGCUGAUUCCGACGCCGUUUGGGAGAGAUUUCUGCCUCCUGAAUACAAAACUCUGAUGUCUUUGUUACCGCCGGCGGAUUCCUUCUCCUGCUCCUCCAUGAAAGAGCUCUAUCUCGGUCUUUCCGGUUAUGGACCUAUCCUGAUUGAGAAUGGCAGAAAGAGCUUUUUAUUGGAGAGACCAAGCGGGAAAGUGUGUUAUAUGCUAUCUGCAAGAGACCUCGCGAUAGUAUGGAGCAAUCUUAGUUGUAGUUUUUGGAGAUGGAUUUCUCUUCCCGACUCCAGAUUUCCAGAGGUUGCAAGGCUUAAUGCCGUAUGGUGGCUUGAAAUCUCUGGCACUAUCUCUUCUCAGAUGCUUUCCCCUGAAACCCUGUACACAGCUUAUCUCGUGUACAAGUUAACACCAGAAGCUGUAGGAUUUGAUUGCCAAGCUGUAGAAGUUAGUGUAGGACUCGUUGGCAGUGAAAGUUGUAAGAGAAGUGUUUAUUUGGAUGAUUCAAAAAGAGGGAAUCCUGCCGGAGAAGAUGACCCUCAAUAUCAACAACCAUACGAGAGAGCUGACGGGUGGUUGGAGGUGGAAUUGGGUGAAUAUUUCAACAAGGGAUAUGCUGGUGGUGAGCUAGAAAUAAGUGUUCUAGAGAUAGAGCGCGGCCACCAGAAAAGAGGCCUGAUCGUUCAUGGGAUCGACCUCAGGCCGAAACAGAGUUAGAUCAAUUAUGCAGCCGAUUGCUUGCAUCAGUUUGAUGAAUUGGUAUUUUCUCUUGGUGGGGUUUAAAAUUAGUUGAUUGCAGACUUGAUUGUCUGAUACUUUCAAAACUUGGUGCAGCUGCUUUUUUACUGCUUGGUGUUCUUCUAGCUUUGAUUUCUGCUGUUGGUUCAUCUGGGUUUCCCUUCUUGCCAGUGUGGAAAUUGAGUAAGGAUGUAUACACACACAUAUAUGAUUGUUUUUAGUGUGUAUUAGCAUGAUGUGCGUAGUUGUGAGACAUUGAUUAUUGUAGUUCCUCUUGUCAUAUAUCUUAUUCAGUGUACGUAGAAUGAUUGAAUCUGAAAUUUCUCAAGCAUUUCAUGAUCGGUUUCAGUGUGGUGCUGGGUCAGGCUGAUUUGUUUUGAAUGCUUACCUAAACUGAAAUAAUUGAAAAACAACAGCAGAUUGUACCCUUUGUGAUUUUGUUAACUUGUUUCGAGCUAAUGUCUCUGCGUAGACUAAAUUUUCAAAUUGAAUGUAUCGUAAACGUGUCGUAAA